AUGACUCCCAACAUCAUGAAAUCCCAAACGGACACGUCCAAGUUCAUCGGCACCAAGCCCGACUCGUCUUCGCACGACCCCCAUAACAACAACUUCCAAAACUACAACCCGGCGUCUGACGACAAGAAAGCCAGCACCGGAGCGCCACUGUUGAGCUCGCAGGGUGCAAUAGGCUCCCAAUUCCGCGCGGACGGCUCGAUCGGGCAAUUAGGGGAGACCGUCGGCGGACCGUUAAGCAAAGACGGCAUGGUUGGAAAACAUUUCACGGAGUCGGGAAGUGUGGGUGGAACGAUAACUAAUAUGGUUGGGGGCGCGAAGAAGGAGUAG